CUUCGCCACAACGCGCUGUUGCUUAACUCCCUCUGCAGUUUCAGGGGCUCCCACCUCCUCGCGCGCUCCAACCCUCCAGCUGCUGCCUUUGUCCAACUCCUGGAUUUCCAUUUAAACUGGGCUCGCGUGAGAGACUCCGAGAAUGCACCGUGGCCACGCCGCGCACACCCACACGCUGUCCCGUCUCGCUCGCCGGCUGCGGUCACACCAGCGUUUCACACGUCCGCCUGCUGGCGCCACGAGCCCCAAGAUGAGCCUCCACCUCCCCUGGGUGCCACAAACCAGGGUACCAAGCCUGCCAAAGCUCCCACAAAACAAGUCACAAACGCUCCCGUGGCAAAAAAGCCUUUACGCCAGAAAAUUGCGGAUGAGCUGAAACAUUAUUACAACGGAUUCCACUUGCUGUGGGUCGACACGAAGGUGGCCGCCAGGAUGGUGUGGAGGCUGUUGCACGGGCAGGUCCUCACAAGGAGGGAGAGACGAAGGUUGCUGCGGACUUGUGCAGAUCUCUUCCGGCUCGUUCCCUUCCUGGUGUUUGUCAUUGUCCCCUUCAUGGAAUUUCUGCUGCCUGUAUUCCUGAAACUCUUCCCUGAAAUGCUGCCCUCAACAUUCGAGACCGAGUCAAAAAAGGAAGAAAAGCAGAAAAAGAAAUUGAAUGCAAAGAUGGAGUUAGCCAAGUUCCUGCAGGAGACCAUUGCGGAGAUGGCGAAAAGGAACAAAGCAGACACGGGACAAGGAAAACAAUUCUCUUCUUACGUGCACCAGAUCUGUCACACCGGCCACCAGCCCAGCACCCAGGAGAUCGUGCGCUUCUCCAAGCUCUUUGAGGACGAGCUGACCCUGGAGCACUUGGAACGGCUGCAGCUGGUGGCUCUUUGCAAGCUGCUGGAGCUGCAGCCCAUCGGCACCAACAACCUGCUCCGCUUCCAGCUUCUGCUGAGACUCAGAACCAUCAAGGCAGAUGACGAAAUGAUUGCCAAGGAAGGAGUCAAUGGCCUGAGCGUGUCCGAACUGCAGAGCGCCUGCAGGGCCAGAGGAAUGCGAUCGCUGGGUCUCUCAGAGGAGCAGCUAAAGGAGCAGCUCAGGCAGUGGCUGGAUCUGCAUUUGAAAGAGAACGUUCCACCUUCUCUGCUCCUGCUUUCCCGUGCCUUGUACUUGAUAGAUAUAAAGCCACAAUCUGUUCCAGUACCACAAAACAAGGCGGGUGAGGCUGCUGAAAUUGUGACAUCUGCUCUUGAAGGUCGAGAGACCCUUGUGGAUCCUGCCCCCGUUGUACAGGGAACAAAGGAUGAAGAAUUUCUCUCUCAGCCAACAGAGAAAUUGCCAGUCAAGCCUCCCACACGAGAGACUCGAAUAGAAUCAGCUCAGGGCAGCAAGGCUGGUGCCAAUGGAGCGUAG